AUGUCAAGAGUUGUACGAGUUCGUUCUCGAGAACACGGGAUACUUUACAUUCAAAAAUCAAGCAAUGAAUCCACAAAUUCUUCUGUUCGCUCUAGCAAAAUGUCGCUUGACGCGUUUUAUCUGUCAAUCGAAGCAAGAUUAAGAUUAAAGAGCUUAAAGUCUUCCAGAUUUGAUGCCUCCACACAUGUACGACCACUGGAGGCUGCUUUUAGGAGGAAUUCAGUUGCCUGAAACCUGUCUUAAUGGCGUCUACUCUCGGAACCUGGGGCUUGCACCGAUAUCCCUGUGUCUCAAACGGGUUAGAAAGACUCCUCUUGCUGCACGUCUUUGCGGGUGCUAUGGAGGCAAAGGUCAGCCCGAUGCCUCCUGUCGGCUACACAGAGGGUCAGCGACAUCCAGGAAAAAAGAACUACUGCCGCCGGAGUCACAGGAAAAGACCCAUAGUCCUAAAGCAUCCGGAUAAUAACACUUGGACUGGAAUGCCACCAGCUGACUCCCAAUGACUACCCAUCCCAUACGGCGGGCUCUAGAACAUUCUAAAGUAUAGUAUUAAAGGGCUCUACCUUGGUUUAGGCUAUAAACUAUAUUGUUGCUCAAAGCGGUUCGACCUCUGUCAGGACAUAUUCUCACCAUAUUAAUUAUUUCUAAGCAAGAGGAAUCCCGAUCUCUACUUUUGCAUUAUAUUAUAAAGGUGAAAGACUUAAGCGCUCCAAAUUCCAAGAAGCUUCUAAUGAUCGCAUACAAUUAUUGAGCUCAAAAGAAAAAUCCUUGAGCUCAAAACUUCAAAUCAAACUUGGUGAUGACUGUUUCAAUAUUAUCAUAAAGAAACCUAACAAUAUGACAAUAUGGAAGCUAAUUUUGAAAUUAAUAAAACUCAAAGAUCUAGACGUUUGAAACACACGCAUUAUUAGUGCUGUUUACAAAUUCAGUAAUAUAGAGUAUCAUAGAACUCUGGAUACCUUCGAUCUAAAAGGCGAAUUUAAUUUUUUUAUUAAAGAGGAAAAGUAUAAAAGGAAACAUAUUGAAAUUAAGGCUCAUAAUGAGGCUAAUGGGCAGCUGAUUAUUAUAAGAUGUAGCCGUUCAUCGAAAAUAAGCAAGCUUAAAAGGCUGAUUUGCUUUAAAAUUUUGACUAACAUUACUGAUAUAAGAUUAGUUAAAAAUAGUGUUGUCCUCAGAGAUGAUGAAGAAGUCAGCGGCAUAGAAGGAGAUAUUAUUAAUAUAGUAAGAAAUAAGCCUGGUGGGGGAGUAAAAAGCCUGUUUUUUAAUGAUCUUAAUGAAGUCUGCGAAAGGGAAUUUAAUGAUAAAGCUCCAGAUUGGAGAGCGGUAAAGCCAGGCUUGUCUUGGAUCUGCAUAUGUGAUAAUGAGGAGUGUGUGGCAUAUAAAGAUUAUGUAAUUGUCAAUAGUGGCUUUAAUGAAUUUAAUGUGGCAGAAGAAAUGUGAAAUUUGUGAUGUCCUGCAUGCAAUCAUACUGUAUGCUCAAGCAAAGUUUUAAAUAUAGGAUUUUACAAAACAGACUGAAGAAUUGAAGGAAGACUUGAGCAUGGCGAAAAAUUCGAUAAAAAUGGAAGUGCUGCGAGUGAUAAUUAUACGACCUUUAAAGAUGGGAAUACAGUAAAUUGGUGCUACUUAAAGAUUGAAACAUUACUCCUUCGUGAUAAGGAAAUUUUUUUUAAAAAAAAUUAACCCCUAAAGAGCGAAAUUUCUUGUUCUCUUACAGAGGGGUAUUAGAAUUAGGAUAUUUGCCGUUUAUUUAA